GGUCAGGAUGGGUGGUAGUUGCCAGUGCCGAUAGUACUUAUCUGAGUUUCGAACUGGACGUGACCUACCAGCGGAAGCGAUCAUCCGAGUAUUGCAGCAUCGAUCACUCGAACAAGACUGCCCGGACUGUACUGUCGAGCCCCCAGCUCAUACACGAUGGCUACACCAGGGGACGCGAAACCGACCUACAUCUACAAACUGAUCCCCGCCUCCGCGCCCCCGCCCGAACCCCUGCCGGCUGUUCUGCCAGUCAGCGAGCUGGACCAGACAUCGGGCUUCAUCCACCUCUCCACCGCAAAACAAGUCCCGAACACUCUGAAGUACUUCUUCGCGGACGAGCCACGCGUGUACGUCCUCCGCCUGGCGUACGAUCCGCUGGAGGAGAAGAAGCUCGUGCGGUGGGAGGACCCGACGGCGGAGGUCUGCGGCCCGCGCGGCGGCGAGGGGAUGUUCCCCCACUUGUACAACGGGUUGAAGUUGGGCAAGGGCGAGGUGGACAGCGUCGCGACGUGGGAGAGACGGGACGGGGAGGGGUGGGAGGAUGUGGCUGAGCAGGAGAAGGACUGGCUGAUCUACUAGGACGCGCCAGGCCCAGUGCGCGACCCUGGAGGCUAGCGCGGUUGACGUGUGGGUUGUACUCCGCGAACGUUGAACGUUGAACGUUGUAGACAGUAAACGGUUUACUCUCCUUAGGUAGAGUGGAUCCACGUACAUUCUACUGUGGAUUCCAUAUACGACCGCCCUCCCCCACUCAACAAGGUCGUGUUUAGGGUCUGCCUACGGGAGACUACAGUGGAUCAUGCUUGUACAGCACCAGACGGUGGUGCAGUUUUUUCGUGUGCGAUACAGAUGCACGAGUUCUCGAC